CAGUAGCACACCAGCCUCCGGAUCGGUUCCACGUUCAACGUUUCCGCGACAGUAACCUACUGAUCUUAUCGAAUUAGGAUAAUUAUUGUAUGUGCAGUGCUUGUGAGUUUUUAUUUGUGCAUCGUGUAACUUUCAGGCUAUAACACCUCACAAUGGUAAUGCUGCGAUGACGUCCGAGCUGACGAUGGAGUCGAAGGGCACCCAGAUCCACCUGCCGCUGGUCGGGCGCGGCAGCCGCGGCGAGCUGGGUGACAAGGUGACCUUCAGCCAGGUCAAGAGCCCGCCGUUCGCGGAGCAGCUCAACAAUGGACAAGUGCUGGGAGGCUCACAAAUCAACCUAUGCAAUGGAGGCGCUGGCACGGCCGCCAUGACGGGCCUCGUCCGCAAGAUUCCCAACGGUUACGAUCAGAAGAAGCCAAUGGCGUCCCUCACACAUCUGCCCAAACGGCCCCCCGUCGACAUCGAGUUCUCUGACCUCUCCUACUCGGUCAGCGAGGGUCGGAAGCGGGGCUACAAGGCUCUGCUGAAGUGCAUCAAUGGGACCUUCAGGUCUGGAGAGUUGACAGCGAUCAUGGGGCCUUCUGGUGCGGGGAAGAGCACGCUUAUGAACAUUUUAGCGGGUUACAAAACUUCGAACGUGAGCGGAUCAGUGCUCAUCAAUGGAAAGGAGCGAAACCUGAGGCGGUUUAGGAAGCUGUCUUGCUAUAUUAUGCAGGACGACUGUCUCUUACCUCACCUGACGGUGAAAGAGGCCAUGCACGUAUCAGCAAAUCUGAAGUUAGGGAAGGACAUGUCUGUGCAAGCAAAGAAAAUAGUGAUCAACGAGAUAAUAGAAACGUUAGGGCUUGUAGAUGCAAGUGAUACACGGACGAUUAAUCUAUCGGGCGGGCAGCGCAAGCGUCUAUCAAUAGCUUUAGAGUUAGUGAACAAUCCCCCUGUGAUGUUCUUCGACGAGCCGACCUCCGGGUUGGACAGCUCCUCGUGUUUCCAAUGCAUAUCGCUGCUGAAGAGUCUGGCGCGGGGCGGACGGACGAUUAUCUGCACUAUUCACCAGCCAUCCGCGCGGCUGUUCGAGAUGUUCGACUUCCUGUACACGCUGGCGGAGGGCCAGUGCAUCUACCAGGGCAAGGUCAAGGACCUGGUGCCGUUCCUGUCGAACAUGGGCCUCAACUGCCCGAGCUACCACAAUCCCGCUGACUACGUGAUGGAGGUGGCGACCGGCGAGCACGGCGACUGGGUGCACAAGCUGGUGAUGGCGGUGAACAAGGGCAACUGUGGCCGCGUGCAGCCGGCCGCCGCGCCGCAGAACUCCAACUACAACAACCAGGCCAAGAACAAUUGCAAGUCGCUGGAGGUGGUCGUGGACAAGCCAACCUGCACAGUAAUAGAUAUGUCAGGCCCAACUCCGAAUCCAGAGAAACAGAACGCCGUCCCGAACUCCACCAACCUAGCCCCCGUGACGUGCACCACCUCCCUCCUGGACUCCAGCGAGAGCUUCACCAAGAAACCUAUCAAAACCGGCUUCCCAACCUCCGGCUUCAAGCAAUUCUGGAUCUUGUUAAAGAGGACCUUUAGAAGCAUUCUUAGAGAUCAAAUGCUGACGCAUUUAAGGCUAUGUUCGCAUACGGUUGUCGGGCUGCUAAUCGGGUUCUUGUAUUACGAUAUCGGGUCGGACGCGGCGAAGGUUAUGAGCAACGCAGGAUGCAUAUUCUUCACUGUUAUGUUCACGAUGUUUACGGCUAUGAUGCCUACAAUCCUUACAUUCCCGACGGAAAUGAGUGUGUUUGUGAGAGAGCAUUUAAAUUACUGGUACUCUUUAAAAGCAUUCUACUUCGCAAAAACGCUAGCGGACUUACCCUUCCAGAUAGUGUUUAGCGGCGUAUACGUAAUAAUAGUAUACUUCAUGACGGGGCAGCCGAUGCAAACGGACCGGGUGCUGAUGUUCACCACCAUCAACAUCCUGACGGCGCUGGUGGCGCAGUCGCUGGGGCUGCUCAUCGGCGCCGCCAUGAAGAUCGAGACUGGCGUCUAUCUAGGGCCCGUCACCACCAUCCCCGUCGUCUUGUUCUCAGGGUUCUUCGUGAACUUCAAAGCCAUCCCCGGCUAUCUGCAGUGGUUAACAUACUUGAGCUACGUCAGGUACGGCUUCGAAGGGGCCAUGCUCUCAGUGUACGGGUUCGGGCGAGAGAAGCUCCACUGCUCCGAGGUGUACUGCCACUUCAGGAAGCCAGAUACCUUCCUCAAGGAGAUGACGAUGGACAAAGCCAACUUCUGGGUAGACGUAGGUGCGCUUAUCGCGUUUUUCGUAUUCAUCAGACUCAUUUCGUACUUAGUGCUAAGGUUCAAACUGAAGAUGAUGCAGUAGGCACAAAUUUAGGCUUUUCUAAGGUAUCACUUUUCCAUUAACAGAUUUUGGAAUGGCAAAAUGUACAUUUUCAUUAGGUUACGCUGUAUUUAGACGCUUGGUCCAUUAUGGGCAACCUGCGGAUGUACUCGUCGAUUCG